GCCCUCCCUGCCACUCUGCUGUCAGCCGAGCUCUGAGCCCCGUCAGGCUCUGGGUAAGGACACUCUGCUUGGGCUCUCACUCCAAGGUCGGCGUGGAGUUACCCGGCCAUGCUCAGCCUCAAGCUGCCCCAACUCCUCCGAGUGCACCAGGUCCCCCGGGUGUUCUGGGAAGAUGGCAUCAUGUCUGGCUACCGCCGCCCUACCAGCUCGGCCUUGGACUGCGUGCUCAGCUCCUUCCAGAUGACCAACGAGACGGUCAACAUCUGGACGCACUUCCUGCCCACCUGGUACUUCCUGUGGCGGCUGAUGGCGCUGGCGGAGGGCCCGGGCGGCACGGAGCCCUACCACCGGCCGCUGCUCGUCUUCCUGCUGCCCGCCUGCCUCUACCCCUUCGCGUCGUGCUGCGCGCACACCUUCAGCUCUAUGUCGCCCCGCGCGCGGCACAUCUGCUACUUCCUGGACUACGGCGCGCUCAGCCUGUACAGCCUGGGCUGCGCUUUCCCCUAUGCUGCCUACUCCAUGCCGGCCUCCUGGCUGCACGGUCGCCUGCACCAGUUCUUCGUGCCUGCUGCCGCACUCAACUCCUUCCUGUGUACCAGCCUCUCCUGCUACUCCCGGUUCCCAGAGCUGGAAAGCCCUGGGCUCAGUAAAGUCCUGCGCACAGCCGCCUUUGCCUAUCCCUUCCUGUUCGACAACCUCCCACUCUUCUACCGGCUCGGGCUGUGCUGGGACAGGACCCACAGCUGUGGGCAGGAGGCGCUAAGCUCCAGCCACGGCUACCACCUCCUGUGUGCGAUGCUCACCGGCUUCCUCUUCGCCUCCCACCUGCCUGAGCGGCUGGCCCCAGGGCGCUUUGACUAUAUUGGCCACAGCCACCAGCUAUUCCACAUCUGUGCCGUCCUGGGUACCCACUUCCAGCUGGAGGCAGUGCUAGCUGAUAUGGGAUCACGCCGAGCCUGGCUGGCCACGCAGGAGCCACCCCUAGGCCUGCAGGGCACGGUGGCCACAUUGGGCCUGGCGGUGGCCGGAAACCUGCUCAUCAUUGCCGCCUUCACAGCCUCCCUGCUUCGGGUUCCUGGAAUGUGCCCCCUGCUGCAGGGUGGCCCAGCAGACGGGGGAUCCCAGGCCAAAGAACAGUAAGGUCCCUUUCUGUCCCCAGCUGGAGGGCAGCAGAGACCUAGUCCCAGGGCUGCAACCUGAGGUGGUGGCACAGCUGAGCCUGGAACAAGAGUGGCUAAGGAAGGUCUGAGAGAAGGCACAGGAGACGAGGGACAUCAAGAUCAUCGGCAGAGAGCGAUGGGGACCAUGGGAGGCACAUGUGGGCGACGGAUGUGCUGAGGGUCUGUGAGGGGAGAUGUGUGUGUCCAGGCCCAGGAGGGGGCAUCUGGCCCUCAUCUGGCUGCGUUUCCAGUGCUCCUGAAGUCAGCUCGGCCCAGAACAGCUGACACGACUAACACAGGCCUGCCCCAAUGCUCGUUAACCAGGCCCGGAGCCACCUUCUGCCCCCACCAGAAGCAGGCAGUGCCCGGGGUGCCAGCAGCUUUUUGUGACAGAGACUGUCUGUUUUGGGCACAGCUGUGUCCUCAAGGUGUCCAGGCCUUGGAGGCUGGAUGGUGUGGAUGGAGCACGGGUGGGGAAGGGUACGGGGCUCAAGGGGCGACCCCAGUUAGACUUUAGGAAGCCAGCUUCAAUGCUUUCUGGAACAGAGCAGAUGCACCAAAUAAACUGGACUUGGGAAACACUU